CUAAAACAAACCACUUUCUCCUAGCAAGAUGGGAGCAAUUAAUCAACCCGUUGGACAGAUUCGAUUGACAAAUGUGUCUGUUGUCAAAUACAAAAAGGGAGGAAAGCGUUUUGAAAUUGCUUGCUACAAAAACAAAGUAACAGAAUGGAGAAACAAAAUUGAAACUGAUCUCGACGAAGUUUUACAAAUCCGUAGUGUAUUCAGCAAUGUUUCUAAAGGUCAUGUGGCUAGUAAGAACGAUUUAAAAACUGCUUUUGGUACAGAUGAUGUAGACGCUAUCAUCUUGGAAAUUUUACAAAAGGGUGAUUUUCAAGUCGGUGAAAAGGAAAGAAACCACCAGAUGUCUUCUACUUUUCGUGACAUCGUUUCUCAUGUUACCCUCAUGUGUGUUGACCCUAAUACCCGUCGUCCAUAUCCUGCUUCAAUUAUUGAGAAGGCUAUUUCAGAUUGUGGAUUUUCCGUUUCUAGCAAGAGCGCCAAGUCUCAAGCAUUGGAAGCAAUUCGUAAACUUCAGGAGAAAGGAGAAAUUCCAAUUGUGCGUGCUCGCAUGCGUAUCCGCAUUGUAAUCGAUAUCAAGCAAGGGAAGCCUUUGCGUGAAAAAAUUCGUUCUUUAGCAGAUGAGGUUGAAGAAGAAAAUAUGGAUGAUGAGUAUGAGUGUGUUGCUCUCGUCCUUCCUGGAAAUUACAAAACGCUAGACGAGUUUAUUCGUAAUGAAACAAAGGGCCGUGGUAUGGUUCAACUUUUGGAUAUGAACGAGUCAAGGGCAUAAAACUUGUUACUACUUAAAGUAUGUUGCUAUAGAAAGUUGACUUGCAUUGCCUGCUUGCGUUGAUCCGCUUGUCGAAUGUCAAUGUUCUGAGAAUGGAUUUUGGGAUUCUUACAUUUCUUAAUUUAGAAAUUGUUAAUUUAUUAGAUCUUUUGGUUCAAAAAAUAAACAGUCUUACAUUUUUAUUACAAUUGUUUAAAUUUGUCCUUUUCAUCUGUAUGCUACUAUUCCACGCUUUAGAGAAGAAGGGAAGAAGAAACAAAACCUAUG